AUGCAAUUGAUCCAAUUCUGUCUUUUUUUUGUUAUUGGCUUGGCUACGGCUGCUCCUUCUGUCUACAGACGUGACAAUGGCCUCACAACCACUGUCAAGAUUGUCAAUAACUGUGCCAAAACCAUUCAACUCAGUACGUUGAGUACCACUUCUGCUUUUUCUGAUCCCAUGCCCAUGGUUCCUGGUUCCUCAAAAACAUUCACUUACGAAGGUAUGUGGUCUGGUCGUUACUGGGCUCGCGAAGACUGCCAAGGCUCUGGCUGCCAAAUUGCUGGUGCUGCUUACCCUGCUUCAUUAGCUGAAUUCACUUUUCAUGGUGCUGAUGGUAAAGAUUUCUAUGACUUGUCCUUUGUAGAUGGCUACAACUUACCUCUCAGUAUUACACCUGUUCAUCCUAACACAACAUCCACAAACCCUCUUGAGAGCGGUAAAUAUUGGUGUGGUGCUCCUGCCUGCAAGGCUGUUCCUUCUUGCCCUUCUGAAUUGCAAAUGACUGAAAAUGAUACUUAUAUUGGCUGUUUAAGUGCUUGUUCCAAGUUUGGUACCUCUGAGUACUGUUGUACUGGUGCUCAUGCUACUGCUGCUACAUGUCCUAUUAAUAAGUAUGCUUCUGCUGUCAAGCAUGGCUGUCCUGAUGCCUACAGUUUUGCUUACGAUGAUGAUACUAGUCUUUAUCAAUGCAGAGCUCCUUCUUACACUGUGACCUGGUGUCCCAACUAAAACCCUUACAUAUUAUUCUCCUAAUUUUC